AUGGAGACGUGUCUCAGCGACAGAGUUCCGGACGCCGCCAUUCAGCUCAAUGGGCUUAACUCGUUUCGCUCCGUUUACAUCAACACGGAAUGGUGUUUGCUCUCAGAGACUCAGAGCUCUUUAACUUUGGAGGCAGAAGCUGGAGAUAACGUCACUAUUUGGUGCCAACAUGAUCUGAAACGUCCAGAUAUGAUCUUCUGGUUUAAACAGUCGUGUGAUUCAGUUCCACUUCUUCUUGGGUGUAAAAAGUUUAGGACAUCAGCUUCAUCAGAGUCGUGUUACUUCUUUAGUGAGAGUGAGAGAAUAGUGAUGUCUGUUAAUGGCAGUAAAACAUCUCUCACAAUCACUGCAGUAAACGUCUCUGAUACAGGACUCUAUUACUGCAGCUUCACUGACAGAAUGAUCUUCAGUAACUCCACAUAUUUACAAGUGAAAGGCAUAAAUAAAACAUUUUCUGAGAGCUUGGAUAAAGCAACAGGUUCUGUGUCUCCUGCUGUGUUCUUCAUGCUGAUUGUGGUGUUUGGUUCAGUGACUGUGUUUCUUCUCUGUGUCCUGAUCUUCAUCAUACUGAAGCACAGAAAAACACACAGAGAUGCUGAAGAUAAUGCAGAAGUUAAUAAGAUUUCUAACUCGGACGCUGUGAAUUACGCUGCACUUCAGUUCUCUAAGAAGAAAACCAAGAGGAACAAGAGACAUGAUGUAAAGGAGGAUCCAUGUGUUGUAUAUUCUUCAGUAGGACAGAGUCAUGUGUGUACAUAA